GAGGAGGAGGAGGGGGAGUAGGAAUUGGAGGCCGAAGAGGAGGAGGAUGGAGAGGACCACCAAGACGGCAAGGGAGAUCUUCGACGAGGCAGCGCGUUCCAGAUAAGGACCAGAAGUCGCCUAUACCGCUACCCUGCUACCCUCCCCGACGACGACGACGACGACAUCUCUCGGAGCACGACUCGGCUUCGCUUGUUUAGGCCUCCUGGGAGGCCCUCGUCGCCACGCCUGGAUUCGCCUCGAAGUUCUGGUUGGGGGAGGCAGUAGCGGGGCGAUGAACUCUGACAUGCGUGGGUCGUGGGAGUUUUUGUCUGUCUCUUCGGCCUCCCGCGCCCCGGCGGGGGCCCGGAACCGUUUCAAAAAGGAUCCGGUAUGAAACACCAGUCUUGGGGAAGGGUCUAUCUUUAAAAGUCCAGGUUUCGCUGGGGACUGGCCAUAUGUGCGUCGCCCUCCCAGGGGCGACGCGCGCACCGAUACAUCUUACAGUGUACGCGUCGUGGCGGGCGCUUUCUGUCCACACCGCUCGGGAAACGAUAUUCCAUGAGGAUGGGUAUACUGAAAAUAUGGGGAAUCUGUUUAUUUGUGUGUAUUUCUUUGUGUGUCCCAGGGCCCCUUUAAGUGAGUCGAGACCUCUGGCGGUCGGCGUUAUGAACAAAAUCAUGACGUGGGGGGGGUGGGGAGGGGGGAAGUGAGAAGGAGAAGAAGGCCCUCUCAGAAGGCGGCGGGGCUUCUCAGAAGCCCUCGGGCCUUCUGAGAAGUUUCCUGUGUCUUCGGGGAAGGCUUAGAAAGCUUCUCAGAAGUCCGGGGGACCUCAGAGCCCUCUGAGAAGGCCCGCUCCUUCUCACUUCCCCCCCAGUCUCGUCGCCGAUGGGUGUAGUUUUUUAUCAAAAGCGGCGAGGUGAUGGCCAGUCCUGCGCGUAGGCGCUUCGGUUUUGGCCGCCGGGCUGCGGUGGUCAACGUCGACAUCCAGAAGGCGUACACGUCUGGCGAGUUCCCGACCAGCUACAUGAGCGAUCCCCACCAAAUGGAGUUUGUCAACAAGCUCUCCGCGCUCGCGCGCUCGAAGGGCAUGCCGGUCAUCUGGACGCACGUGGCGUACAUGGAGGACGGCUCCGAUGCGGGCGUGUGGGGCACGCGCACGAACACACCAGACUCUCUGCAGAACAUAAAGUUCGGAUCCAGGAGGUCGGAGUUCGACGAUCGCCUCGAGAUCGACAAGGUGAGGGACGCCAUCUAUCUGAAGAAGAUGCCCUCCUGCUUUCACGAGACGCCCCUCCAGUCUCUGCUCGUGUUCCACGGGGUGGACACGGUGGUCCUCACGGGCGGCUCGACGAGCGGCUGCAUCCGGGCCAGCGCCGUAGACUCGCUGUCCCGGGGGUACCGGACGAUCGUUCCGAUCGAGUGCGUCGCGGACAACACGAGAGCUACCACUACGCCAACCUCACGGACCUGGCGCUGAAGUACGCCGACGUGCUGCGCGCGGAGCAGGCGCUCGCCGAGCUCGGCGCGCUGGAGCCCGCGCGGUGAGCGCCCGCACCCGAGGCCGCGGCGAGGGCUGCGCCGGCGGCGGCGGGCUCGGAAAGGCACCCUGGCUGCCCGGAGGAGGAGCAGGAGGAGGAGGCCUUCGCGUCAGUAGCCUCCGAGAGAAUUCUUGUCGAUGCCACGAGGCGCUCCCGUGAAAGACGACCUCAUGUUCGC